GCGCCGCUGUGACGCGCGGAAGGAGGAGCGUCACACAGGAAGAAAUCGUCAGAUUUUACUGCAGUCAAACGCGUCCUUUGCGUUCAGAUUCAGCGAUGUUUCUGGCUCAGUUUUAUCACACAUUGGCUAUCUUCUAUUUGUCGUUUUUAGGAAUCAAUGCAGAUUUUAAAACGCGAACCGGACCGAAAGUCACAGAGAAGGUGUUUUUUGACAUCACAGUAGGAGGACAUGAGGUCGGCAGGAUUGUGAUCGGUCUGUUCGGAGAGGUCGUGCCCGUUACGGUCCAAAACUUUGUGGUACUUGCUACAGGAGAGAAAGGUUACGGCUAUAAGGGCAGCAAGUUCCAUCGUGUGAUCAAGGAUUUCAUGAUCCAAGGAGGAGACAUCACAGCUGGAGAUGGAACAGGAGGUAAAAGUAUUUAUGGCAACACGUUUGCUGAUGAAAACUUCCGACUGAAACAUCUGGGUGCAGGGUGGGUCAGUAUGGCAAACGCUGGGCCCGACACAAACGGCUCUCAGUUCUUCAUCACAAUGGCCAGAGCUCCGUGGCUGGACAAUAAACACGUUGUCUUUGGUAAAGUCUUGGAAGGAAUGGCUGUUGUUCACACCAUUGAGCUCCAGGACACAAACGAGAGGAAUCUGCCGUACACCGAGUGUGUGAUUGUUAACAGUGGACACAUUCAAGUAAAAGAGCCUUUUAUAGUAGAAGUAGAAGGCUGGUAACUCGCUAUGAUCUUCAUGUUUGGUGACUGUACUGUAUUCAUGUGAUUUCUUAAUCAUAUUGUCAUAAAUCUUUACCACUAUGCAGACACUUGUUUACAGAGUUACAUAUCUCUCACAAUAUGACAUUUUUAAAAUGUUUUAAGUUUACUUCUCAGAUCAUUCAUGCUGACCAUAUGCUGGUCUAUUGUGUAAUUGCCAAAUAUUUGUGACACAGGUUUUCUCUAAUUCUUCCCUAUAGAGAUGAUAUUUGCAAUCUCUUCUGCACUCACGUUUAAAUAAAUCUGUCAUAAUAAUGUUUCAGCUCAUUCUGUUUUGUUGACAUGUUUCUGUGUCAUUAUAAAUAACUGUGAUCUUGAAUGAUUGAACUGAACACAGAGAGUAUGUCUUGUUUCUUGACUGAAGAGCAAACCUUUACAACUCGUGAUCUCUCUUUCUUUUCUUUUAAACUUUCUUAUAUUCAUGGCGAGAAUAACAUUUGGAUUAACUUGAUUAAAAACUUUUUCAACAGAAUAAAAAAGGUUUUGAUGUGA